UUAUAUACAUAUAUAUUUAUAUUUUUGUAUAGGAUACAAACACAGUUUGAGUAACCCUUCUUUGGAUCAGCUAAGGAAAGUUGCCAUCACUCAGAAGACAAAAACAAUGCAAAUACAAAAGCCUGAGGGUGAUGCGCAGCUGGAGAAUGGCGAAAAUGUGGAAAUGGACAACAUGCUGUGCGAUCUCAUCGACAUACACAAGGUGAAGGGCAACGAGGAGGCACUCAAGCGUGUCCUGCAGAGCAUCUACAGCCAGCUGAACAGCAGCCACGAGGUCAAGUUUGGCACCAAGCUCUAUGACAAGCUGAUCUCGGUGGUGAUCGCGGACAGGGACAACGUGCAUGUGAAUCGGGAGCAGAUCUCCAAGGUGCUCGAUGCGGUCCAGGCGCAUGCACGUCAAUUUCCCUGGCCGGGAUUGUGUCUGCUGCGCAAACUCUCCUCGAUAUCGUUGUGCGAAUCCUUGGGCGCCGAAGGGGAUCAGCUGGCGGGCGCGCAACUGCAUCCGCAUGCGGGGCAAAUACUGGAACAUCUGUUGGAUGACUUUGUGCGUGAGCUCGGGCUGGAGUGCACUUGCUCGCCGCAGCUGUUCACAGUGAUCCAGGAGCUGUUGCAGUCGGAGCUGAGCGAGAACCGCCAGCUGGCCUAUUCCAUAAUGCGCAAGCUGCUGCUCAGCAUUGAGAAGUGCAAGGAGAAUAUUAAGGAUUGCGACAAGGACUGUCCACAGGUGCAGGCGGCGCUGAGGUGCGUGGAGCCCCACUGGCCGGCCUAUAUUGUCAUCAUGGAGCAGCUGGAGCAGCAGGAUUCGCACUUGGUGCUGCCCAUGCUGAGCGGCCAGCUGCCACGCUUUGUGGCAAGCAGCCAGGACAACGAUUGGCUCAGCUGGCUGCGAAUCCUGUAUCUGAGACUAGUCGAUAAUCACAACAAGCUUGUCGUGCGCUGGACUCUGGAAUACUUUCUGCUGCACUCCAACAUCACGGAGCUGCGCCGUGUCAAUCUGUUGACCAAAUUCCUGGAUGCCACCAACAAAACUGAGCUGUACGAUGCCGAGGAUUACAUGCUGCCGGAGCUAAAUAUCAAGGCGUUUGUCCAGAAUAGUGGCACGCUCCAGUUUCUCGAGUCGCUGGUUACUGUGCCCUGGCUGAGUCUGCCCCUGCUGCACUGGCUGCGCAGCAUGCAUCCUCGCCAGCCGCAUGUGGCCAAGAGUUUGCUCUUGAAGAUUUGUGGGCGUGUCAGAUCGUUGCAGCAUGAAACUCUGCGUUAUGAGGCGCAAAAUCGCAUGUUCGAUAUAUUCGAGCCCACAAUUGAAAGCUUCUCGCUGGGCGAUUAUAUACAGUUUAUGAAGGCGCUUUGCAGCACAAGUGAUAAUUUUUGUAGGGAUCACAAACGUUUUACAUCAAAAAUUGCGAAUUGCACAAAUAUCACUGAGGAAAUGGUCUAUUUCGACAAAGCCCUGUUCACAACGAUUUAUCGCACAGAUGUCAAGGUAGGCAUCGAGCUGCAUAAGCAACUGAGCCAGUUGCCCCGGGCUCAGCAUGGCUGGUGGCGUCUAUUCUCUUUCUUUUUCAGCCUGAAACUCGAGUGUCCCAGUGAACGAAUGCAUAUACUCGACUUUUAUCAGGAGAUAUACGAUUUGAACAUAGAUGUGCUCGAGCGCAUCACAGAUCUCAAAGAACUGCAGCAAUAUCUAGUCGAAAAACUCAAAUGUGAAACGGAGGAGGAGAUAAGUUUUGUGCAGCACCGAGCUGUCGAUUGGUUUACCUGUGAGAAACUCAUCACUUGGAAGCAACUGGACGAAAUGAGCAUCAAGCCCGGGGACUUAGUUAGUCAAGGCACCAUUCUAACAGCCCAACGUAUAGCGACUUUGUUAAACAACAUUGAGGCCAGAUUAGAGGAUGAGAGCAUACUUAAAGCCCUAAUGGCAUAUCUAAAACAAUAUCCGGACAGCGUUUUGGUUGCCACGGCCAUUGUGAAGUACGCCUCUACGCAUUGGGCCAUUGAGGAAAGCGAUCAGAUCCUAAACGAGGUGCUCGAGGCGAGCCAGUUCCUGAACAUAAACGUCCUGUGCUGCACAAAGAGCGUGCCCACAGCGCUGCUAAUACGCGGCGUACUCUCGGGCAAUCCACUCUCAGGCGAAAAAUGCAUCGAGUAUGGUUAUCUGAUCAAUCAGUAUAAUUAUUUCUUCACCAGCUGUAGAAAGCGCGAUAGUUAUAUUAAUUUUGUUAUUGAAGGUAAAACCGAUACGAACCCACUUCUAGAGGAACUGCUGCGCAUCAACAACGAGAUGACCGAGAAGAAACAGCACUAUCUGGAUAACUCCAAGGAGCAUCGCAUCAAAAUGCGCAUCGCCAGGGCAUUGCUGAGGAUCACAUUCAAAAGCUCCAGCUUCUGGUCGGAUCAGUUGUGGCUGGCGCUUUUGGCCGCCAACGAGCGGGAGAAUAUUCGAUAUAUGUACGAGUGCCUGGUGGCUCGUUGUCUGCCCAACGUGGAGCUGCUAUUGAAGCGUCUGCAGCAGUUGGCCGCGCUCAAGUCCUGCCAGCAGCUGUCCUUGAUCUCCGUGCUGCACAUCUACUGCCUCAGCAAGUACAAUCAGAUCAAGGUCGAGCAGCUGCAGCGCAUUGUCGAUCUGCUAUUGCCGCUUACGAUGACCAAGGAUCUGGAGAUCAGACUGUUCGCCCAACUGGUUUUGCACAGGCUGCUGGUGCAGUUCGAGGACAGCAACAUCAAGCUGCCUGGCGUUACCAACAUGAAGCUGGCCAUUGAGGGCAGCCUGGGCCACAAGCUUCUCGAAUGCCAGCACGAGGGCCGCCUGCUGCUGCCCAAGAUUUGCUACCAGACUCCAGAUGGGCUACAGGCAGCCGAUUUCAUACUAUAUAUGACAUAUGCGCCGUGCGACGAAUACUUUGCCGAUGCGCUGCGGCCGAAUAUGAAACUGAAAUCGGAGCUGGGCAAAUAUCGCAGCAGUCUCAAGAUUAAAGUUGUGCCGGGCUAGUCAGCUAUCCAGGGAUACCCUGCAGAUUGUUUAAGAAAUUUUAAAUGAUUUAUACGAUAUUGAAGAAUUUAAAUACAUACCAUACUUUUUAUAGAAUAGGCUGCACUUAAAUUGCUAG